GUGCGGUUCAUUUGCCAAGAGCGGAAGUACGUCACGGACCUGGCAUACAGGAGAAGAAAAAAAAGACACUGGAAACGACAUUUAGCCAUAUUUUAUAAUAUAUACCCGUGUUCAGUGUGUUGGAGGACCUGGUGUUGAUACGGUCACAGAAGAUGGCAAAGCUCCAGGGGUUUGAUUUUUGGAGGAAAACCCUGAAAGAAGCUUGCUUCGUGGUGGCACCCAUGGUGGACCAGAGCGAACUAGCAUGGCGUCUACUUAGCCGUCGCCAUGGCGCUCACCUAUGUUACACGCCUAUGCUGCACGCGCAGGUUUUCCUUCGUGAUGCUAAUUACAGAAGAGAAAAUCUUUAUAAUGAGGUCUGUGAAGAGGACCGACCACUAAUAACUCAGUUUUGCGCCAAUGACCCUGACGUGUUCAUUCAGGCAGCUCUUUUGGCCCAGAACUACUGUGAUGCCAUUGACCUCAACCUGGGUUGUCCUCAGAUGAUUGCUAAAAGGGGGCAUUAUGGCGCUUUCCUUCAAGAUGAAUGGGAGCUGUUACAAAAAAUGGUCAGGUUAGCAAAUGAAAAGCUGUCUGUGCCUAUCACGUGUAAGAUCCGUGUGUUCGAGGACAUCGAAAAGACUGUCUCCUAUGCUCAAAUGCUGGAAAAAGCUGGAUGCCAGCUACUCACAGUGCAUGGCAGAACCAAAGACCAGAAAGGAGCAAUGACAGGAAUUGCGAGUUGGGAUCAUGUCAGAGAAGUCCGGAAGGCAGUAAAUAUUCCUGUGUUUGCUAACGGCAACAUUCAGCAUCUGACUGAUGUGGAACGCUGCAUUAAGGAGACUGGCGUGCAAGGGGUAAUGAGUGCAGAGGGUAACCUCCAUAACCCAGCACUCUUUGAAGGACGUAGUCCCCCAGUUUGGGAGAUGGCAGAUGAGUACAUUGAGGUGGUGAGGCAGCAUCCCCCAUGCAACUUGUCUUAUGUGCGAGCCCAUCUCUUCAAGCUGUGGCAUCACACGCUUCAGAUCCACCACGACCUGAGAGAGGAGUUGGCUAAGGUGAAAACCCUUGAGAGUUUGGCUAAUGUUAGUAAGCAGCUGAGGCUUCGAUGUCAGGAGGAGAUUGCCAGAGGAAAUUAUAUGGAUAAAGAGAGCAGCCUGCCCUUCCCUCACUGGAUCUGCCAACCCUACGUCAGACCACCACCAAAAGAUGUGUCUGUCAAAGGUAAGGUCCAGGAUAAAGAAGUAAAAACAACAGGGUGCCAAAAGAGAGUACUCGAGGACACAACUUUGUCAGCUCAAAUACUCUCCAAAAAUAAACAGAAGAAAAGAUCCCGCAAUCCAAACAAGAACUUCUCUCCUGAUCAGAAACCCAAGUACAUCAAAUGUGAACAGUGUGGCAAUCCAAAGGGAAAUAAGUGUGUCUUCAACCUUUGUCGAGGCUGUUGUAAGAAGAAAGCCUACAAGGAGGUGGCAAACUGUUUAAGCCAUGGACUGAAGUUUAAGACCAAGGCAGAAGCAAAAAAAGCUCAGGAGUCCAAGAGAGAUGCCGAAAUUGAGAUGGAAAAAAACUGCAGCCCCCCACAGUCUCUUCAGCAUCAAACCACAUUACUACAGGAGUACAAGGCAUAGCUUCCACCAUGGACCGGACAACUACCAUAUCUUCCUUCAUAAACCUUGUGGUUCUACUCAGAGCGGGCAGAGGUUUUGCUGCUUACACUACCUGCAUUUUCUCUGAUAAACACAAAUUGGUGAUCGUCCCAUUAUAUUUAAAAAAAUGACAAGUAGAACUUCAAAGCUAACCAAUAUACAGUAAUUUGUGACGAUCAAAGAGUGUUGUUUGGUCAUCAUGAUUCCGGCUAACUUGGUGACAAAAUGUUAAGUCAGAUCUAAUCACUGAUGUAAAUUGAAAAGCAUUGCACGACCUGCUUUGAAUAUUUCAGAAGCCUGGGUGUGAAGUUGCAUUUGUUCAAUAAUCAUAAUAUUUCAUUUGGUGCAAGUAAAUGUACAUGUACGAGGUAGCCAUGAUUGUAUUCUUGAGCACAAACAUGUAACAUACAGUCAUCAAUGUGAACUUCCUGGUGUAGAGGUUGACCUUUGAACUGAGCUACCUCAAUCAUGGCACUAAUGACAACAAUGGGAAUAAUUCUGCUAUAGAUUUUCUGAACAGUUUUCUUCGAAUUGUACCAGUUCUUGCUUUCAUCACAGGUGUACAUUUUCUUCGCUUGUUUGAGCAAAUGACUUUGUUACUUUCAUCAGCCAUCAACAAUUAGAGGUUUUGAGUCAUUCAUUUUGGUCAUUUUGGCAUCUUGUCCAAGAACCUGUAUGACACAUCUGAUUUUGAGGAAGUCAAUACAUACAGUAUGUGACUGAUUGUUCCAUGUUUAAACAAAAUAAAGUUCCAUGAAAGGGGCUAUGUCAAGA